UAGGAGUACUAGUAGGAGUACUAGUAGGAGUACUAGUAGGAGUACUAGUAGGAGUACUAGUAGAAGAUGGAUCUAUCCUGUGAGUCUGCGGAUAGAAGACCCAUCAGUUGCAAGUUGUUGGAGCUCCACGUCCUGUUGGUGCCAGACGACCAUUGGGACGUCAAGCGGAAUAAAGUGGCUGCAGAGAGCACAGACAGCUUCAUCUCCGCUGGAUUCAUCAGAGUUCAUCCUGACGUCAGCCUGAAAGCUCUGAGGACUGAACUUGUUGAUCUUCUGGGCUCAGAAAGAAGCGCGGACAAGUUCUGCUUCCUGAAAUGUGUCGGUCGCAGCCUGGCCUUGGUGAGAAGCAAGCAGGAGAAGGAAGUGAAAGUGAAAACGUUCGCUCCGCCUUACGCCGAGCAGCCCGAGCUUUAUCUCCUUCCUGUCGUGGACAACGACUUUUCUCACUCGCUCAGUCCCGCCUCCCCGGUGACCUUUGACCCCCACAAGACCUGGAGCUCGCCAGAGGUGACGCUUAGAUUCCCACAUCAGGCUCCGCCCACCUGCAGCCUGGAGGAGGAGGACUUCAGCUCCUCUGAGGAAGAGGAAGGACAGGCUGAGGAUGAAGAUGAAAGUGGGUGUGGCAAGAGGAGCGAGUGGGAGGAGUCAGGACAAAGGACCCAAAGGACAAGUGGACCACUUUUACACAAUAAAGUGAAAGAGGAAGACAAGUGCAGGAAAAAGAAGAAAGUUCAGCAGAAAGCAAGCAGAGAUCAAGUGGAGGAAACACCUGCACACAGGCUGGGGAAGACAGCAGAGGUGCACAGGUGUAAGACAACAAGUGUGGCCACUGAAGGCUCCAUGGUGUUGUCCACUUCUCCUCCUCCGGGUCUGGACCUGACCAUGAGCACCCAUAGCACCAGAGACCAAGUGGUGGAGGAGAUCAGGCUGGUGAAGGAAGCAAGGAAGCAGUUGGAGUGGAGGAGACAAGAGCUGCUCAGGAAGGGAAAAGACUUGCUGGCCCAGAACAGACAUCGCAGGAACCAAGCUCGUGACAGCUGGAAAAAGAAGUAUUUUGAUACCAAGAAGGCCACAGCGCCGUUAGAAGAGGCUCUGAAGAGCGUGCGACAAGACCUGGAGACCUUUUACAACCAAGUCCUUCAUCAGCUGCACGCUCGGGAGAGCAGGAGCAAGCCACAGAAACAAGGAUGCUCUGAAAAGAACGAGCUCAUCAUUCAGAUCCUGAGCGAGAGCCACGAGAUGGACGACAUGAAGAGGCAGGUGGAGGACGCCAAGAUGAAGCUGCUGACGGAGAUGAAGCUGAGGAAACAGGCUGCCACCGAGCUGAGGGGCCUGAAGGCGGAGCUGGCCCAGAAGAAGAGUCAGUCCUGCCAUUUUGGGCCUGUGGCAUCUCCAAGAUAAGUCCAAGUGGCCACGCGUGGAGCUGUCGGAUCCUG